ACAGGUGAAAAAACUGAAUACUUGAAUUAAUUUAAGCCAUAAAAAAGGAGAGAGAGAGGGAUUGGGUUUUAGUUGAGUACUCAUACAUGGCAUGCCAAUCAUCAACAAUAUGGAGAACAAAAGCUGAAUCUGCUUCCAAAAUUUCAAGCUGCUUUAACAACAGCUCCUCCAUGCUCCUCUUCUCCUCCGCCAUUCGCAACAAAAGCCGCCGUUUCCUCACUUGUUCGUUAGACCCCAUCUCCACUUCAUCAACAACAUCUUCUUCUUCAGCCUCACAGAAAGCUAGUUGCAAGAACAUAACAAACAGAAAGUCUCUUGAAGUACAAAGAACCAAGGAUGGGGCUUCCUCGGUUUUGCAUGGCGAUGAGCGUAGACAAUCCGAUAAGAAGAUUAAGAAGAGCAAGAAGGAUGAGACUAAGAAUGGCGAAAGUAUGGGAUCGAAAUCUGGAUCAAGAAAGUGGCCAUCGUCAUGGCAGAAGGUUUUCUUCGCAUCCAAGAAGUUUAGGAGUAUUAUGCUGCUCAAUUUCAUCACAAUUGUAUAUGCAAGUGACAUUCCAGUUAUUAAAGAAGUUGAAGCUUUCAUGGAUCCUGCAGCCUUCUCAGUGGUACGAUUUGUCAUGUCAGCCAUCCCAUUUCUUCCAUUUGUGUUUCAAUCGCGAGGUGAUGUCCAGACUCGCAAUUCAGGCAUGGAGUUGGGGUUCUGGAUCAGUCUAGGAUACCUUCUUGAGGCACUUGGUUUGCUUACAUCUGAUGCUGGGCGUGCAUCAUUCAUUUCUCUGUUCACAGUUAUCACGGUACCCUUGCUUGAUGGCAUGCUUGGAGCAACCAUACCUACUCGUACCUGGUUCGGAGUCCUCAUGUCUGCUCUCGGGAUUGCUAUGCUCGAAUGCAGCGGAUCACCUCCGAAUGUUGGAGAUCUUUUGAACUUCUUGAGUGCAAUAUUUUUUGGAAUUCACAUGCUUCGAACUGAACAGAUUUCCAGAAGCACAAAGAAAGAAAACUUCUUAGCAAUUCUUGGAUUUGAGGUUUGUGUUGUUGCUAUGAUAUCAACAAUUUGGGUUUUCAUUGGAGGGUGGUUUGAUGGUACCAACUAUUCCAACCAAUCCCCAUGGACAUGGACAGAGCUGUGGGACUGGCUUGUUGUAUUUCCAUGGAUACCAGCAAUUUAUACCGGUGCAUUUUCAACCGGAUUAUGCUUAUGGAUUGAGAUUGCAGCGAUGUGUGAUGUUUCAGCAACAGAAACAGCCAUAAUUUACGGGAUGGAACCACUCUGGGGUGCUGGUUUUGCUUGGUUUCUGCUUGGUGAAAGAUGGGGUAUGCUUGGAUGGUUAGGCGCUGCUCUUGUUCUUGGUGGAAGCUUACUGGUGCAGAUUUUCGGGUCCUCGUCCCCCAGAGAAUUUACGGUGGCUGAAGAUGGUAAUGAGAAAGGUGAUCUCCAACGAGUUCCAGUCGAGCAUAAAUUUCAAAACGGACUCUCUACUUCACCGGUUGUUGUCAGAUCCGAAAAGAAUGUCACAGAUUUCUUCAAGUGAUCUCACCUAUUUCUUUCUCCGUCUGUAUAUACGUACAAGUUUGAAAGUAGCGAACACAAACUUAUCAACGAUUCUUAUCAUAACAACUGAAGAAUUACAAA